CACAGGGUCAGAGUGGACGUUUUGGAGCAGGAAGCACCUGAAGGACAACGUUAAAGACAGUCAAACUUCCCUGAGGAGAUGGACAGAAACGAGGAACUGGACAAAUUGUUUCAGAGGUUAGCUGUAUUUAAACACUACAGAGCAGACAGCCUGAGGAGCUGUGAUGAAAGGCAAAGACUGACAAAGCUGGCAAUGAGAAGCUGCACAGAUGAAGUCGUCCUGCAGUGGCUGAGAAAAAACUCAGAAUCUGACGCCUUCAGCAAACUCACAGACAUGUUUGACUUCCUGAAGAAACACAUUGAUGAGGAGGAGAAGAAGAACCACAGUGAUGAUGUUCACAUCACCUUUAUGGCUCAUGGAUCAAUCAGAGACUUCAUGAUCCCAGCCAGCUGUUACCUGCCCCUGCCCACCAUCACUGACGUGCUGCUGUAUUCUCCCUGGAACUGCGUCACAUCUGGUUUACCGUACGGUAUCGCUACAGGAAAACUGAGGCCUCAGCACAGAGUUUUUUACUGCAACGAUAAAGAAAGCUGUACCAUUCCUGAUGACAAACAUCGACCUGUGAACCUGCCAGAUCACUGGAACUCACUGAAGAAAGCUGGAGCACAGAUGGUCCCAAACAUCAUGGUUUACCCUCUUCGAGAUGAUGAUGGAAGGUGGAAAAGCUUUGAGUCUCUCUCAGCUAAACAUGGACCACCAGGAAGGAACCGCAUCGUCAUCCCGUUCAUCUUUCCAGGACGGGAAUAUGAAAGCGUCCCGUUCUCUGUGGUGACCUUGGCUCUGUCCCUGGUGCUCCUCUCCUCCAGGUUUAAAGCCACUCUUCACUUCGAUGGCUGUCUCGGUGAUCAGUCUACUGGACAGAAAUUUGAUAGGAAGUAUCUUCAGGAGCAGUACGCCUGCACCAUCGACAACAGUAGGAUGAAAUGUUCACCUGAAGCUUUCAGAUGAUGAUAA